CCCAAUUUGGCGCGACCCCCUGGUGUCUCUCUCGAGGCACACAACAAACAUCAGAAAGCGAAAGUUGGUUAUAACUGGAUGGACGUUUAAUGCAGCGACGUUCGAUAUAAAAGACAUAAUCAACGAUGUUUUCUUUCUUAUGUCGUCAAGAUCGAUUGCACCCAUUGAGGAUAUAAGUUAUUUGUGGAUACAUGGCCGCUUUUCCUAUUACUUCUCCAGUUAUAAAUUAGCUUUAGAAAUUUAUCAUGAUGAGACAAUAUGUACACCAGAUAAAACGUUUCGGAAAAAAAGAUCGCCUAAUCUAAAAUAUGCGAUUGGAUUGAUAGUUACACACAAGCAUAAAAUGGAAGAUAAUACACGAAAAGAUGUUGCUGGGGUCAUUAUUGGGUGGCACAACGAAUGCCACAUUGAACGCUUUAAGUAUGAUAGUACAUAUUGUAGUAUUUCGAAUGAUGUUACAGAAAAAUGUAUACCGAAAAAUAACAUCGAUAAUUGGAAAUCACAACCGCACUACGUUUUGUUAAUCGAAAAUGAUCUGUGUUACGUUCCACAAUGUGCUAUAACAUCGGUAUGCAAAGAAUGGAUAAAUAAUUCAGAAACUGGAAAAUAUUUCUGUAAAUUUGAAGAUAAUCAUUAUGUGCCAAAUAACAUGCUAGGACAGCAUUAUCCAGACGAUGCUGCAGUCGUUCGCAGAAUAUUUUUCAGUAGAAAGAGAAAAUUAUAAAAUUAAUACAAUAAAAAAAGGCUUUUACACGA